AUGAGCAAGGAGCCUUGGUUUGUCCGGCUCACCUGGUGCCUUACUGGGCUCAGCCUGCUUGUCUCUCUGGCGCCCUGUGGGCUGGGCAUGGAGAUCACGGCGCAAACUACCAUCAGUGCUUUGAAUGGCUCUUCCGUGCGCCUCCCCUGCACCUUCAACUCCUGCUACAAAGUGGAGAAUAAACUGUUCUCCCUGAACUGGACUUACCAGGAAUGUGAGAACUGCAGCGAGGAGCUGUUCCUGCAGUUCCGGAUGAAGAUCGUGCACUGGCGGCUGGAUCGCUUCGGGAACAGGGUGGAGUUCACCGGAAACCCCAGCAAGAACGACGUGUCCUUCACCCUCCACCAGGUGCAGUUGGAGGACGAGGGCACCUACAACUGCUACGUGAUGAACCCGCCUGACAGGCACCGGGGCCACGCCCGCAUCUUCCUGAAGGUUAUCACCGAAGUGCCCCCGGAGCGCGACUCGACGGUGGCUGUUAUCGUGGGGGCCUCAGUGGGGGGCUUCCUGGCCGUGGUGAUCCUGGUGCUGGUAAUCGUCAAGUGCGUGCGGAGGAAAAAGCAGCAGAAACUGAACACAGACGACCAGAAAACGGAGGAGGAAGGGAAGACGGAUGGCGAAGGGAACCCCGAGGAGGGCACCAAGUAA